AUGCACAUCGCGAAGACGAACGGAGGCAACGUGCAGAGGAGCAGGAGGAAGGUUCAGGAGAGCCGCACGGCGCUCUCCACCCACGAGGACCAGGACUUGGCGGCCUUGGCCCGGCGGCGGCACGCGCAGGAGCAGCUGGAGGGACAACUCGUAGACACGGCCAGUGGCUACGAAGUCUCUGGCUGCGGCGUGGCGUCCUGCGAUGGGCGUUAUACCUUCCGUGAGGCCUCCGCCAGCGGGGACCGGAAGCCGUUCUAUGGCCUCCGCUGUGAAGAUCUCCUCAUCCCAGAAGAGGGUCGUUGGCAAUGGAACAGCUUCCUGGAGACUCCUGGACGUCUCAAAGCCGUCAAGCACAUCGAUUGGGUGGAACAUUUCCAGAACCUUUCCGGCAAAUUGAAGGAGGAGGGAAAUUCGGCCAUGAAGGCCAAUCGACCUGCAGACGCGGAAGAACUCUAUGGAAGUUAUGAGAAUGCAAUCAGAUCCUCCCAAGAGCUCAAGGAGUUGCAGGCCAUUUUGAUCUACGUGCUGUCCUUUUCAGCUUCCAUGCUUUUUGGGAAGGACAGCGCGUCUACGGCUACAGCUUCUUGGCGCGUGAGGCGCUUCGAAGACUCGGCCGAAGACAGCAAGCGCUGCUUGGAGCUCGAUCCGCAGCACGUGAAGGCAGCAGUCCGUUUGGCCAAGGCGUUGAAGGCUCUAAACCGCCUCAGCGACGCCUGUCAGCCAUUGGCCCGGCUGCUGCAGAAGACACGCUCCAAGACCGCGGGCGAAGUGCAGGCCUGGUACUUGGAGGCAGAGGCUCUCAAAUCCUGCGAGGAGGCGCUGGCACGAGAGAUGCAGUCCUUGGAGAGGACAGCGAGCUUCGAGAAACUCUGGGGCAUUUGCUACGAGGUUUGGUGCUACCAGCCUGGGGUCUUUGUGGCACCAGAUGAAAGCCCCAACGCCCUAUCCAGCGCCUCAUCCUCGGCUUGGCCCGAGCAUGAGGAAGAGGACCUGAUCUUCCAACCGAGCUUCUCUGCCAAGCUGGAAGACCGCUUUGGCGGCCGGGUGUGUCCCAUGAUCUUCCGCGACACGGCCUCCACGGAUCCUUUUCUGCUGGUGGCACACCAUCGCCAUUCCUUCUUCGCCUUUGACCCCUUGCGGUACCUCUUUCGCUUCCUGCUGCCGGAGGGGUUUCCUGCCCAUCCUCAUCGUGGCUUCGAGACCGUGACCUAUGUGCUCCGCGGGGGCCUAGUACAUCGAGAUUCGCGAGGCGUCAAGAAGUCCUAUGGCGCGCCAAAGGAUGCCUCAGGAGAUGGUGAGGGCGCUGCCGUGCAAUGGAUGACUGCCGGCAGAGGUUUGUUGCACGAGGAGAUGUGGCGAACUGGAGGUGAGUGGGAAAGUUCAGACCAAGAGCUUUUUCAGAUCUGGGUGAAUCUCCCACAGAAGCAGAAGAUGGUGGAUCCGCGGAUGCAGAUGUUGGGGGACUUGGACAUCGAUGGAAGUAGCCAGCUGCCGCGGCAGAUGUUGGGGCCCGAAUCCUCUGUGGAAGUGCAUGAGCGAGGUCCGGUGCCGACGAGCGAGCCAUCGAAGGGAGUCACUGUCCGAGUCAUUGCUGGUGAAGCUGAUGGAGUCUCGAGCCCCAUCCAGACCUAUUCAGAUUUGGCCAUUCUGCAUGUGUCGCUGGAGCCGCGGUCUGUCUGGACAUGGCCUAAGCCUAUUGGGUGGACCUGUUUACUGUACACGCGGCGAGGUGAAGUGACGGUGAACACGGAGCAGUUGCCGGUGCACAACACUGCCACCCUGAGCCGCUCUUGCAGUGAGGUCUCUUUGGCAGCUGGAGAAGACCCAGCAGAGGUCUUGAUCUUGGCAGGGGCGCCCUUAGAUGAGCCGGUGGCGAUGGGCGCCAACAUUAUCAUGAACUCACAACAGGAGUUGGCCCAAGCGAAUGCCGAUCUACGCAUGGGCAUGUUUGGGCCCAGCUGGGAGCACACGGAAGAUGAUGGCGAAUGGAUGAGGACCGUCCAAGAGCAUUGGAAAUACAUGGCCCAGUUCUUCAACCGACGGGAGCGAUAA